UUUUCUCCCCCUACCCAUUUUGCCACCGAAGAACUCUGUCUGAUCGUGUGAUCGCCCACGCUUCCAGACUGACCAAUUUCGGUUCCUUGCGUUCGCUCUGUACCUAUACGGAGCCGGAAUAUAACUUGACACCGCCGAACGCGCCUGCAAAUCUUACUGGGAACACGUCUGUCAGCCUUACUUUUCAACUUGGGCACGCACUACUAUCAGUCAUGGCCAAAAAGAACAACAAGGCUAAUAACAAACAAAAGAAUAAGAAGGGCAAGAGUCAAGAGGCCUCUGGGACCCAGACACCUCAGCCCGAGCCUGCCGCUGUCGAGCAGGAUGAACAACUAAAUCAACAAGAGACACCUCAACCUGAGCUACCUCUCGAAGAACAGCAAGACGAACAGCAGGAACUCUCUCAACCGGUGACCCCCAGUCACGAACAGGAACCACAAGACUUAGGCUGGCAAGACCAACAACCAGAGACACCUCAACCAGAGCUUUCAGAACAACAGCAAGUACAGCACGACACACAGCCAGAACAACAACAAGAGCAGCAGCAGUACGAGCAAGAACAACCGCAAGUCGAAGCUGCCAUUGAAUCGCAACCAGCAGCGGCAGAAACCAUUUCUGAAACAAUAGCAGAUCCUGCAUUGGAACCAGAGUCGGUGCCACCCCAAGAAUCGGAACUGGAGCAACCACCAGCUGUUGUCGAGCAACACUCGACUAUUCCUGAAACCGAGGCUCAAGCUCAGCCCCCGGUGAGUGACGAGGGCUGGUCUGCUCAGCCAGCCAAUUCGGAUCUUGCUCCUAGCCAAGAGCCAGACGUGAACCAUGUACAGAACAGCCCCGAACAACCACAAGAGCCAGCCUGGGAGGCAAUAGGCUCGCCGGAAACCCCUGUGAUAGAGGCCGAAGGGACUCAGGAGGACAAUCAAUUUCUGGUUGAGCCCAGUGGCACUGCAGCGCCCACGGAGGAGAACCCAGUGACAGCACCACAAACACCGCUUGAGCCCACGUUCGUCCCAACAUCUGCAGAGCCCUUGGAGUCUCCUGCGCAAACAGAGGAUCAGUUCGUGGCAGCUCCUGCCUACGCUGACGCCGCGGAUUCUGCUGGCGACUUGCACAACCCUGUCAUGUCUGAGUCCUUUUCCGAAGCAGAGCUCGCUCAGCCCAUUCCUGAAUCCGAUUCGCUCCCCAAGCAAACAACUCCACCCUCUUCUAAGCCUGCGUCUCCUAUUCCUCAAGCAGCUUCACCGAUUCCUCCCGCUGCAUCUCCAUCCUUCAAAUCCGUUUCGCCUGCUCCGCAGAGUGCUGCUGCGACACCACGUGCUCUUUCGCCCGUCCCGCAAUCGGCUCCGCCUGUACAACAGUAUACCUCACUGAUGGCUGAAACUAUGAUGCCAGAAGAGGAGCCUGCUGUUCUGGCGCAGCAGGAUGCGUUUCCUACACCGCCAGCUGAGUCCCCAGUAUUUCAGCCAACCUCACCCAUGGCGCAACCGACGUCCCCAGAUCAGAGAACAGCCUCUCCUGUGGCGAAAACAAUCUCUCCUGUCCAGAAACAUAUUUCUCCUGUCGCCAAACCCGCGUCUCCAGUUCCGAAAGUCAGCAGUCCACUAGCACGGGGGCACAUGUCGCCCGUAAUGUCUCCUCAGUCGGCCCCGCCGCCAAUGGGGCAAAGAGUGCCCUUGCAGGCCAUGCCACCCUAUCCUCCAUCCUAUCAUUCGCCUAUGAUGAGCGCCAAUGGGUACUUGCCCCAGUAUGCCUACUAUCAGCCAUCUCCUAACGUCCACCCCACACCUCGAGGCUCCAUAGAUCCAGGCUCAGCAGCAUCUUUCCAGAUGUUGCGCGACCUGGGCUUUGCCAAUGGACAUGGUCUCAAUGGGAAGGGAGGCACAAUCUCUCCUCCUGAACAUGAGGAGCCUAUCGAGCUCCUUCAAAGAAUUCAGGACGCUAUUCCUGACAUCGGCCGACUGCUCUCGAGUUACAAGAAUACCAAGGGCAAGCUCCAGGCACGGGAGGCUGAGUUCAAGCAGAUGGAGAGUCAGCAUGAGCAGGCUUUGAUGCACAAGGAUUUCUACAUCGAGGCACUCCAGAAUCAGAUGCGGAAGACUGCGAACGAGAGUGCCGAGGAAUCCACCAGGCUCAAGAACACGAUCAACGAGCUGCGGAUGGAGCUGGGCAACCUUGAUGAAAAGCAGAAGGAUCUUGAAGAGAAAUUGCUUGAGUUUGAAAACUCCAACAAGGAGCUCACCCAAUCCAAAGCCGAGCUUGAGGAUAAGGUUGAGUCGCUCGACAGCAGCCUGAAAGAGGCGUACGAGACCUAUGAGCGAGACAUGGACAAAUCCAAAGAGGAAAAGGCGGAGGCUCUUGCAACCCAGAAGCAAGAGUUGACCGAGCUUUUCGAAGAGAUUAAAGCGGAGGAUGAGAAAGCAGCAGCAGAAGCCCUGGCAGCACGCGAGCGAGAAUUACUUGACCAGCAAGAUGCGAUGAAGAAUGAAUACGAGAACCAGAAGCAGCAGAUGCAGGAAGCACAUGACACCCUACAGGCCGACUUUGACUCCAAGGUGACUAAGCUGGCCUCCACCAAAGAGGAGCUAGAGACGAGGACUACCGAACUCGCCGACAAACAGAAGGAAUUGGAGGACACCUGUGAAAGACAUGCUCAGGAGCUGGAUGCAGCCCACCAAGCGCACGCUAGCGAAGUCGAGUCUCUUAACAACAGUCAUGCAGAAGAAGUGGCUGAGAUGAAGAAGGACUUUGCCGAUCAGCAGCAGCAAUGGGCGGACGAGAAGUCUUCUCUCGAGCAGCAAGUCGCAGAGAAGACCGAGACCAUCGAGAACCUCGAGCGUGAGAACAAGAAACUCGAGGAGGAUGUUGCUGUCAAGGAGAAGCAGCUUCAACACGCGGUGGAGAAUAUGCGCCUCACAAUCGACAACUUGGACAAAGAUUGCGAUAGGUUGAGAAAGACCCUACACAGCCUUGGAGAAGCAACUGACCUCAAGAGCACGAAGGGUGAUUCUUUCUUGUAAGUGACCUAGU